GACAUCACUGAAUCUGGACAAGACAGAGAUAGUGACGGAUCUAAUCACGAGCUAGCUUUUGAAGUUCUAAAUUCCCUUAAGACAGAGGAUCUGUUACAUCUUGUUCAAACUGAGGUGAGUCAGGACCAUACGCAACCACCACGGCGUUACUCCGAAGCAUCAUUGGUUAAGGAGCUUGAAGAGCGUGGGAUUGGAAGACCUUCAACAUAUGCAAGCACAUUAAAAGUUUUACAGGAUAGGAAGUAUGUGACAGUAAAAAACCGUGUUCUCUCUCCAGAAUUUCGUGGUCGUAUGGUUUCAGCUUUUCUGUCGCAUCAUUUUUCAGAGGUCACAGACUACUGUUUCACGGCUGGUAUGGAAACUGAGCUUGAUAAUGUUUCUGCUGGAACAACCAAAUGGAAAGGCCUCCUCGGAGAUUAUUGGACACGGUUUAAGUCAUAUUGUGAGCAAACUUCUAAUGUUCAUAUUCACCAGGUUGAGAAGAUGCUAGAAAAAGAAUUUGGGGAUUAUUUAUUUGGUUCUCUCCUAGAUAAGGGUCGGUCGUGUCCAAGUUGCACGGAAGGCACGCUGAUAUUUAAAGUAAGUAGAUUUGGUGCUGGCUACUUUAUAGGCUGUGAUCAACAUCCGAACUGCAAAUUCAUUGCUAACACAUUAAAUGGCGACGAGGAGGGGGAAGAUACACCUCAGCCAAACACUACGAUAGAGGAACCUAAACUCCUAGGCUUUAAUAGUAAUUCAAAUGAAAAGGUUCUUUUGAAAAGUGGCCCUUAUGGAAUCUAUGUUCAGCUUGGAGAAAACAGGAAGGGAUGCGCACCUAAAAGAACUUCUGUUCCUUAUGUAAAGGAUUUGAAUUCUACCACCCUUGAAGACGCACUUGCGUUGCUACAAUAUCCAUUGACAUUGGGUAAGCAUCCUAAGGAUGGACAAUCUGUCAUAUUAAAGGUUACAAAGGCUGGCUAUUAUGUAAAACAUCGACGCACAACUGCUUCUGUUCCUAAGAAUAUGAAGCCAAGUGAAGUCACAUUGGAAAAGGCAGUUGAACUUUUAUCAGGAGAUGAUGCGAGACAAUUUGGACAGAAAGACAAACCUAAAGUUGUUGAAGAUGUUUAA